AUGGAGGGGACGGAUAUCCUAGAUAAGGCGGUAUUGAUCCAAGCCGAUAAAGAUAUUUCCGUCUUCUCUUUCAACUACAGGGACUACACAAGUGGAGCCAGCAUAGUGUACCCUGUCCAACACUUGGGCACACUGUAUUACGUGGUGACCCCGAUGGGUACACUGACCAACAGUUUCAAGGAAUUCACUGUUGUAACUCAUCAAACUCCUGCUAGGAUUGAUAUUCUCUUGAAAGGGGCUGUGGUAUUCAGAGGGAAGGUUUAUCCUGCAGGGGGGAGGCUGGUUACCAAUCUCCAGGCCUUCCAAGCAAUCCAGCUGCAGAGCUCAGUUGACCUAUCUGGUACCAGAGUUGAAUCCACAGAACCCGUGGCGGUUUUAAGCGGGCACAGCUGUGCCUCCAAAAACACAGGCUGCGACCUUGUCUUUGAACAGCUACUGCCCGUUUCGAGCUGGGGUACGACGUUCAUUGUCCCCCCACUGUCCUUCCAGUACGGAUUUGACAUUGCCUAUGUCAUUGCUUCCCAAAACACCUGCAUCAAAUACCGUUCUGGGUACACACAAAGCUCCCGUGACGUGAUCGCUGGGCAAGUUCUCCAGUUGGAAGUAGUAGCCUAUCAGCCUCUCCACAUCUCUGCUGACGUCGGAAUCCAAGUUCUGUUCUUCUUCACCGGGGCCGCAGUAGGAGGCGGAGCCUAUGACCCAUUCCUCAUCAACAUUCCAUCCCUAACAAGCUACUGCAGGCUGUAUCACAUUGACGGGAUAAGAAACUUCGAAAAUUAUGCCAUCAUUAUAGCCAAAACCUCAGAAUCCAAUGGGAUCACAUUAGAUAAGAGAGCCAUUGGAAACACACAGUGGAGGCUAAUCCCCGGCACAGAAUAUUCUUGGACUCAACAUGGGUUGGGCACGCAAACAAAAGCCUCAUUCCUAGAGCAUUCCAGCACUCCUUUUGGGCUCCUCAUUGUUGGAGGUUCACGCUACAAUGCCUACGGCUCUGUGGCCCUUUGUGCCUGUGGCAAACCAGUGGCCACCUGCAGUUCAAUCCAAUGCAGAAAAAAAGAGAAGUGUGAAAUAAUCGACGGGAAGCCCGUCUGUUUGCCAGAGUCUGAAUCUACCUGCUGGGCACAGGGAGACCCUCACUACCAUACCUUUGAUGGGAGGAACUUUGACUUCAUGGGCACCUGUACCUACACUAUUGCCAAGACUUGUGGGUCAGACACGUCUCUUCCUUCCUUCAGCGUCGAGGCCAAGAAUGAGAACAGGGGCAAUACUCGCGUUUCCUAUGUUGGUUCUGUGACGGUCAAGGUCUACAACAGCACCAUUUUAAUCACCAGAAAUGAAAUUGGAUUUGUGAGGGUGAAUAACCAGCGUUCCCGGCUGCCCAUCUCCUUGGACGAUGGGAAACUGCGCAUCUAUCAGAGUGGGAAUUCUGUCGUUAUGCAGACAGACUUCUCCUUGAGGGUCUCUUAUGACUGGAACAGCUACCUGGUGGUGAAGAUCUCCAGCAGCUUUUCGGAGAGCCUAUGCGGCCUGUGCGGCAACUACAAUGGAAAUCCAGCUGAUGACUUCCAAACUCCAAAUGGGACCUUGACUCCAACCCCUGUAGAUUUUGGGCGAAGCUGGAAGGUGGAAGAUGGCGACAGGUUCUGCUGGGAUGACUGCCACGGGCAAUGCAAAAGCUGCCCACCAGAGACAGCCAACAAGUACAAAGCCGAGCCAUUCUGUGGUUGGAUCAGCAAAGGAACGGGAGGACCCUUUAGCCAAUGCCAUUCUGUUGUUGACCCCAACAUCUUUCUGGACAACUGUGUCUAUGACCUUUGCUUGAAUGAUGGCUUCAAGGAUGUUCUAUGCGAAGCACUGAAGAACUAUGCAGACACCUGCCAAAAAGCAGGCGUGACCAUCUCUGACUGGAGGACGCCCACUGGUUGCCCUUUGCCCUGCCCUGAAAACAGCCAAUAUCAGGCUUGCGGGUCUGCCUGUCCCGCCACUUGCAACGACCAAGCUGCUCCCGCCAACUGUUCCUCGUUGCCUUGCGUGGAGACCUGCCAGUGCAACAAUGGCUUCGUCUUGGACGCCGGGAAGUGCGUCCCCCAGUCUGCCUGCGGGUGUGUUUUUGAGGGAAAACUCUUCGCCCCCAAUGAGCAGUUCUGGGGAGACGGCACCUGCACACGGCGCUGCGUCUGUGACCCACAGUCCAGGCAAGUGAGCUGCCAGGCAUCCAGCUGCCGGAGCGGAGAGCAAUGCCGGGUGGAGAACGGCAUCCAGAACUGCUACCCUACGGGUCAUGCCACCUGCUCCGCUUCAGGGGACCCUCACUACGUCAGCUUCGAUGGCCUGAGGUUUGACUUCCAGGGCACCUGCGUGUACCAGUUCACCGGGCUUUGUGAGGACAGGGAGGACCUGGUGGACUUCCGGGUGCUUGUCCAAAAUGAGCAUCGAGGUAGCCAAUCAGUGUCCUUCACCCGAGUCGUGGAGGUCAAUGUUUACGACACAGUAAUAGUGAUCAGCAGAGAAAAGCCUGCCAAAGUCAUGGUGAACGGCUUGCUGACCAACCUGCCUUACAGCACAGAAAACAACAAAAUCUCCCUGUACAAGAGAGGGCAAGACGCCGUAGUCCAGACCGAGUUCCAGAUGACUGUCACCUUUGACUGGCAAAGCCGGGUCACCGUGACUGUGCCCAGCACCUAUGCUGGAGCCCUUUGUGGUCUCUGCGGCAACUACAAUGGCAACAAACAGGAUGAAAUGACCAUGAAAAAUGGCGGAGUGGCCCCAACCCCAUCAGCGUUUGGCCAGAGCUGGACAGUGCGGGAGAUACCAGGCUGCACGGAGGUUGAUCCAGGAAAGUGCUCUAAUCUGCCAGCCAUUGAGACACACCAACGGGGACUCAGCAAGGAGUGUGGCCUCAUACUAGACAAGAGUGGCCCGUUCAGGGAGUGUCACAGCAAAGUUGAUCCAGAAGGGUAUUUCCAUGACUGCGUGUAUGAUUACUGCUUCUUUGAAGGCCAGCAAGCUAUCAUCUGCCAGGACGUUGCCAGCUAUGCGGCGGCCUGCCAAGCGGCUGGGGCGACCAUCCAUGCCUGGAGAUCUGAGAACUUCUGCAGUCUUCCUUGCGCUCAAAAUAGUCACUACGAGCUCUGUGCCAGAGGAUGCCCCCAGACCUGUGGAAGCUUCUACGCCCCAGCCCCUUGUCUAGCAAAGUGCCAGGAAGGUUGUGUGUGUGACGAAAACUUUGUGCAGAGUGGCGAUCAGUGUGUCCCCAUAUCCCAGUGCGGCUGCCACCAUGGAGGCCAUUACUACCUGGCAGGAGAGACUUUCUACCCAACAUGCCAGGAACGCUGUGUGUGCCAAGCCGGCGGGACUGUGAAAUGUCAGACAUUCUCCUGCGGACCUUAUGAGGAAUGCAAGUUGUUGGACGGGGUCCGGAAGUGCCACCCCAUAGGCAGUGCUACCUGCUCUGCCUCUGGCGACCCCCACUACACCUCCUUCGAUGGAUCCCGCUUCGAUUUCCAGGGCACCUGCACGUAUACCCUGGCGAAGGCCAUCCAAGCCAGUUCCACACUGAUACCGUUUACUAUAAAUGUGGAGAACACGGCCUGGGGGAACGGGAAGGUUUCGGUGACCAAAAUGGUCUCUGUCGAGGUCUAUAACACCACACUCACAUUACUGCAGAACGUGAAAGGACAAGUGAAGGUGAAUGGUAUGUUCCAGCCUCUCCCAGUGACCCUUUCUGGUGGACGACUCAGAGCCUAUCAGCAUGGCACUAAAGUUGUAAUCCAAACUGACUUUGCUCUGGUCAUGAGCUAUGACCUGGUUUACGAUGUCCGAGUCACUGUCCCAGGGAGUUACCAGGGCCAAGUGAGUGGCUUGUGUGGGAACUACAAUGGACGUAAAGAGGACGAUUUCCUGCUCCCUGAUGGCAGGGUGGUCUCCGAUGUGACUGUAUUCGGUGCAGCCUGGAAAGUGCCCAUCCCUGGGGCAAGCGGAUCCUGCUCAGAUGGAUGCUCUGGAAAUAACUGCCCGGUUUGUGAGGAGAGGAAGAAGGAUGUUUUCAAACAGCGCAAUUACUGUGGCCUCCUCACUGCUGCAGAUGGUCCCUUCAGAGCUUGUCACGACAAAGUAAACCCUAGUGGCUAUUUCAGUAACUGCAUCUAUGAUCUUUGCCUGGGCAAUGGAGACAGGCCUAUCUUAUGCAAGAGUAUUGAGAGUUAUGUAUCUGCCUGCCAAGAGGCUGGGGUCUCUGUUCAGCCCUGGAGGAAUCAGUCCUUCUGCCCUCUGAGCUGCCCAGUCAACAGCCACUACAAGAUCUGUGCUGACCUCUGUGCCACCACUUGCGCCAAGAUCACAGACCCCAGAACAUGUCCUGAAACCUGUGCUGAGGGCUGCCAAUGUGACAGUGGCUUCUUCUUUGAUGGCCUCAAUUGCGUUACGGUGGAACAUUGUGGGUGCUUCAGGAAUGGCCGCUAUUAUAGGCCCAAUGAGAAAGUUCUGCUGAACGAGUGCCGCCAAAGCUGUACCUGCCUUCCAGGCCAGGGGGUGGUCUGUGAGGCCCACAGCUGCAAAACCGAUGAGAAAUGUGAGAUUCGGGAUGGAGUCAUGGGUUGUAUUAAUAAAGAUCCUUGUAAGGCCUUGAAAUGUCGACCCAAGGAAACGUGCAAAGUGGAGAACCACCAAGCCACGUGCGUCCCUGACUUCUCAGCAAGCUGCUGGGGCUGGGGAGACCCACACUACCACACCUUCGAUGGGAGGGACUUUGACUUCCAGGGCACCUGCACUUACAUCAUUGCCAAGUACUGCGGAAAUGACUCUACCCUGGUACCCUUCUCUGUAGAGGAGAAGAACGACAACAGGGGAAACCAGGCGGUGUCCUAUGUGCGGCUGGUCAACAUCUACGUCUACGGCUACAAGAUCUCCAUAUACAAGCAGGAGUCUGGGAGAAUCCGGUUAAAUGAUGAAAUUACCAGCCUACCGGUGACUCUUGAAAAUGGCAAGAUCAAGAUUCACUCGACUGGCCUCAAAGCUGUCUUGCAAACCAAUUUUGGCCUCCAAGUGACCUAUGACUGGAAUUGGCAUCUGAUCCUGACUCUCCCCAGCAGCUAUUAUGGGUCAAUGUGCGGGCUCUGUGGAAACUUCAAUCAAAAUCCAGCCGAUGACAUGACCUAUCUCAACGGCACCGUGGCCUCCUCCAUCGUAAGCUGGGCGAGCAGCUGGAAAGUCCACGACAGGGAUCCCUUCUGCUGGGAUUUCUGCCGAGGGAAUUGUCCGACAUGCGACGAUAGCAAAAGACAGCUGUAUGGAGGCCCGCAGUUCUGUGGGGUAAUCAGCCAAACCACUGGAGGACCCUUUAGAGACUGCCACGCCAAAGUGAACCCGGAUGAUUUCUUUGAUAGUUGCAUUUAUGAUGUGUGCCUAAAUGGGGGAGCCAAGAACAUCCUCUGCCAGGCGCUGGAGGCCUAUGCCACGACCUCCUUGCCCUGCCCCGAGAACAGCCACUACGAAGCCUGUGGAAAUGCCUGUCCGGCCAGCUGUUCUGACCGCACUGCCCCCUCCUCCUGCCAACAGCCCUGCUUGGAGACCUGCCAGUGCAAUAACGGCUUUGUCCUCAGUGUCGACAAGUGUGUACCCGUUGGCAGCUGUGGCUGCACAUACAAUGGAUACUACUACAAGCCCGGGGAGGAAUUCUGGGCCGACGAGAACUGUGGCACUCGUUGCAAGUGUGAUCCCAGCCUGGGCUUUGCAGUGUGCAGUCCGGCCGGCUGCAAGGCCAACGAAAGGUGCACCGUGGUCAACGGGGUCCGGGGCUGUAAUCCCAUCAGCUUUGCUACCUGCUCAGCAUCGGGAGACCCUCACUACACCACCUUCGACGGAAAGAGAUAUGAUUUCAUGGGCACCUGCAUUUACCAGCUGGCCGGACUGUGCUCCAGUGACCCGACCCUGCAAGCUUUCAGCAUCCAAGUGCAGAACAACAACCGAGGCAACACAAAAGUGUCAUACACCAAAGUGGUGACGUUGGAGGUCUACAAUACAACCAUUGCGCUGAGCCAGGAGUAUCCACGGAGAAUCCAGGUCAACGGAGUCUUCGUGAACCUGCCUUUCUAUCAGGAUGGCAAGAUAAAGGCCUACAUCAGUGGGGCCCAGGCCUUCGUCCAGAUGGACUUUGACCUGACAGUCACCUUUGACUGGAACAGCUACGUCAAGGUCAUCAUACCCAAUACCUAUGCCAAUGCCACUUGCGGCCUCUGUGGCAACAACAACCUGAAUCCCAACGAUGACUUGACCGUGAAGAACGGGGGCCCAGCAACCAGCAUUCCCCAGUUUGCAGAAAGCUGGAAGGUGGCCGAAGUCCCCGGUUGCUCAGUGGGAUGCACUGGGAGCGAUUGCCCGCCAUGUGAGGAGGCACAGAAACAGACUUACAAGGGUGACCGCUAUUGUGGGAUCCUCAUCAAAAAGGAUGGGCCCUUCAGGCGAUGCCAUGGAACCAUUGAUCCGGCGCCCUACUUUGAUGAUUGCGUGUUUGAUACCUGCCAGUACCACGGCCAACAUGACACCCUGUGCAAUGCCAUCGGUACCUACGUGGCAGCCUGCCAGGCCCUGGGCAUCCAGAUCGACCCGUGGAGAUCAAACUCCUUCUGCAGUCCCAGAUGCUCACGUAACUCUCACUACGAACUCUGUGGAAACGGCUGCCCCGCUACCUGCCUCGGUCUCUCGGCUCCAGAGGGCUGCGAAGUAUCGUGCAAGGAAGGAUGCUAUUGCGAUGCUGGGUUUCUCCUGAGUGCAGACCAAUGCGUUCCUAUCGGGAACUGUGGCUGUGUGCACCAAGGCAAAUACUACAAGAAGGAAGAGGAGUUCUACCCCACCGCCUCCUGUGAGGUGAAAUGCCGCUGUACAAACAGUGGAGCCGUCGAAUGCCGAAACAUCUCCUGUGGGGCCCACGAAACAUGCGGGGUGGAGAAUGGUGUCCAAGGCUGUCAUCCUGUGGGCUGUGGCCAAUGCAGUUUGACCGGAGGCUCCCACUACUUGACUUUUGAUGGGCGGACCUAUGACUUCCAAGGCGCUUGUGCCUACACUUUAGCUGAAGUCCGCAGAAGGGAUUCGCAGCUGACAAACUUCUCCGUGUCAGUGGAGAAUGAACGUUCUGGCGAUGGGCGUGUCUCCUCGACAAAGAUGGUCGUGGUGUCCUUUCAUGGGUACACCAUUGUACUCGAGAGGGGGAAGAAGUGGCAGGCCGAGGUAGAUAGAGAGAUCUAUACCCUACCGUUGCGGAAAGAUGACGGGAAGCUCAGGAUCAAUCAAGAAGGGAACAACAUCGUCGUCCAUUCUGACUUUGGCCUCAAAGUCCUUUAUGAUACUGCCUCUUACGUCUUAAUUUCUCUGACCAGCAACUAUCGAGGAUACAUGAACGGCCUCUGUGGCAACUUCAACAGGAACAGGACCGAUGAUUUCCGUCGGCCCAAUGGGGAAAGCACGCAGAACGUGGAGGAGUUCGGGACCUCUUGGAAAAUUCCUGUUGAUGGUGUCGAUUGCUCGGACAGCUGUGCUCUCACCUGCCCACCCAACAGCCACUACGAACUGUGCACCAGGACCUGCGAUUUCACCUGCACCAGCUUGUCCACUCCAGUACAGUGUGCAAAGAAAUGCUUUGAGGGCUGUCAGUGUGAAAGCGGCUAUCUCUUCAGCGGCGAUGCAUGCGUGGCGAUAGCGAACUGUGGCUGCGUGCAUGACGGGCGGUACAUCAAGGUUGGAGACAGCAUCGUCUUAGAUGGCUGCUUGGAGAAAUGCACCUGUGGUGCUUCAGGUCAGCUGACCUGUGAGGAAACCAGCUGUCAGGUGGGAGAGAUAUGCGCCCUCCAUAAUGGUGUGCGUGGCUGCAUUGGGCAGAAAGGCGAGUGCACCAUCACCCCUGGCGCACGGCUGACCUCCUUUGACGGCGCUGCUGGUGAAAUCCUCCACGAGGGGAUCUAUGAAGUGGCCUCCCAUUGCAACGAGAGCGACCCCUUUUGGUUCCGGGUCAUAGCUUGGAAUGCCGCAGCUGGGAUUUGGAGGCUGUAUCCAUGGUACACGUAUUCUUCCGAGGGGCUUUCAUCACUCUGA